CGGAUCCCUCUGAUGCGGAGAUGGAGAUUCUUUUGAAAGAGAGUCGUCCCGGAAAGAAAAAAUUCCUGGAUUGGUUCUACGAAAAAGGAGGUGAUCCCAACGUUGAGAUGACGGAUGAGCUGAGAUGUGUUUCCCAGGGUUGCAACCGUAGAAUCUCAAUGUAUGAGAAGUACGAUGUGAAUGGGUAUCGCUUCCAUACAGAGUAUCACCAGAAGAAUCGGCCUAACCCAAAAACUAUAAAUACUGGGGUCUUCACCAAAGGAUCCGAUGACAUAGAAUACUACGGAAGGUUAGAGAAUGUAUACGAGCUGACAUUCAAUAGGACAAACAUACAACUCAAUCUCGUUGUGUUCAAAUGCCACUGGUUCGACCCACAAGUUGGACAGAGAAGCACUCCUUCCAUUGGGUUAGUGGAAGUUAGGCCUUCAACCUGCUAUAGCGGAGCCGAUGUCUUUGUUGUGGCUCACCAAGCCAAGCAAGUUUAUUAUUUGCCCUACCCAUGUCAAAAGGAGUACCUCAAAGGCUGGGAAGUCGUGUUCAAGGUAUCACCACAUGGUAAGCUACCCAUGCCCUCCGACGAGGAUUACAACAACAUUGACCCUGUAACAUACGAGGGAAUUUUUUAUCAAGAGCAAGAGAACUUUGGGGAUUUCGAAAUAGAAAUUGGUCUUGAGGACCUCCGAACGAGGCACAUCUUCAUGGUGAUUGAUCAAUAUGAGCGGAAGCAAGCAAUCCAUGAACUCCAUUUUGAAGAGUAUGAGCCAACAGAAGUUCACCGGGACCACUAG